UGUUAUUUACCUCGAGACGCGAAGACACACACAAGCUGAUUAAUCAAGAGUAAAGGGAAAAACGAGUGAAUUUGUUUACAUUUCAAUUUCGGCGCGAGGAUAAAAGCAAACAAAAAAUAUUAAUUCUUUUCAAUGGUGCUUGCACACAUUAAAAUGUACAUAUGUUAAUAUAAAUUUUAAUGCCAUAUAAUUGUGAGAGAAAAAUCAACGCAAUAUCGUCGUCGUAGUGAACAUACAAACAAACCAGAAUUGUAAAGAUCAUCGACAACAAAAAUAGAACUGCAUUGCAAAUUACAGCUGGAGGCAUCAUCAUUGAUCGCCUUACUCUCCAAACGAAAACGAGACGCCCUUCUGGAUAGUAUAUAAAAAGAACAACAACUAAUGUGUACAACGACAAUAAAGGAGGAAUAGAAACAACUGGCCUCCAAAAAUAUAUUUUUCAUAUUAGCAGACUAAAAUAUUUUCUGUCCAGGAAUUUCCUAGUGCAGAAAUCACUAUCUUAGAAAGGAAGUCAAUUCCUUUUCGUCUUUGGCGUCUUACUGACAAAAUCAUAAAAGGACAUACAUACGUUGUAUAAAACAAAACACACAAAAUGGACAUGCGCAGCUGGAAAAAAGUACUGUUGCAAUGGAUUACCGAAUGUGGUUUUAUGGAACGCAACUAUUUCAACAUCGAACAAUCGGAUAUUGAUCUAUUCUAUCAAAAUUUCUGUUUACAACAUCCUAAAACAGCCAAUAAUGACAAAUGCAAAAGAAUUAGUGAAUUUCUUAAAGAAUUCUAUCCAAAAUUUGAAGCCCAUCUUGAUGAUGAAAAUUGUCUAAGUUCCUCGGACUACAUUUAUAUAUAUUCAUUAUUUUUACAUUUCUGUUGCGUCAAACAUCCACAGACUGUAUUUCAUGAAAUAUGUCAACGUUUACCCGAAUUUGCCCAACAAUGUAUUGCAUCGUUUUUCAAGGAAUUACUUGAAACUGAGCCUAUAACGAAAGAGGCCCUACGCCAUGCCAUUGCUGAAGUGGUGACAACACAUGUAUCGCCACAACGUCUCAAUGAUUCGAUUUCGAGUAAUCAAUCUACCCUGAGUAUAUUGGGUGGAAUUGGCGGAGGGGGUGCUGGUGCUGCUAGCAUUAGUAGUAGCAUAACUUCGCCAAGUUUUAGUCGUUGUGAUUCACCUUUAAAGACGCCAAAACGCUGCGCCGGACCGCAACGCAUAUCACCAACGACACCUAAAUCCUAUUUGCUCGAAGAGCGACAACGAGAAUUGUAUAAUUUAAGGGCCCAGCUAGAAACGGAACGCUAUGAGAAGGGCCUUUUAGAGGUACAAAUCAAACAAAACGAGGAUAAAAUCCUUAAAUUAAAUCAAGAUCAUAAAAAGUUACAACAUCAAAUCCAAGAUUUGAAAAACGAUAUUUUGUUGAAAACCAGCGAUGGCACCAACUCUUCAAAUCGUGAAGGUCAAGUGGAACAGAUACAUAAACGUUUACUUAAGGAAAUGACUUUGAAAGAAAACGAAAUCAUAAGACUCAAUGAUAUUGUUAGAAAUUUACGAGAAGAAAAAGCUCUGAUUCAGGAAAAACUAAGCUAUGCCCAAAAACAAAUUGCUAUAUGCAUGAAUCGCAUAAAGGAGUUGGAUUACAAAGUCGAUGAAUUAAGUGAUACCAUAGAAAAAAGGGAUGGCACCAUUAAAUUUUUAACCGACAGUAAAAUAGAACUCGAACAAUAUAUUGCUGAAUAUCGCUCAGCAAAUAUGCAAAGCGAUUUAAAUGGUUCCAUGGAAUGUUUUGAUUCUUCAUUUGCUCGCAAUAUUGGCAAUACGAAUGCCUCCAGCAAUGUUAGUAGCCCCGAAAAUCUGGGAGCUUCUGUCAUUGACAUUCAGCUAAGAGAAAAGGAACACGAAAAUUCCAAAUUAAAAGAAGAAUUGGAAUUGGUUAAAGACGAACAUAAACGUUUAGCCAAAAGUCUACAAGACUUGGCCGAAAGACAAGCUAAAGAGUUUGACAUUGUGUGGGAACAUCAUAGUGAGCUCGCAGAUGAAUCACAACCUGAAGAUUCCAUACAAAGUGAUCCUCUGGAACAAUUCAGUUUAUUCUCCAGUUGUAUGGAAAAAAUAAGUAGUUUCCAUAAACUCGAGAAGAACAAAAUUCAUGAAUUAGAAGAGGAAAGCCAAAAACUACAAAAUGAAAAGGCUGAAUUGACAUUGAAAUUGGAAUCAUUUAAUCAAGAGGUAUUACAGUUAAAGGCCAAUGUCAAUGAAGUUCAGAAAAACAAUGAACAAUUGUUGAAAGAAAAAGAAGACAUGUUGGCCAGAGAGCGCAAACAACAAAUUGAAUUGGAACAAUUAAUGGCUCAAAAACAGCAUCUUCAUGUUGAGUUGCAGGAUGCCAUAUCCACCAAGGAAUCACUUGAAUCAGAUUUGUUGAGGUUCAGGCAAGAAUCUGAAGAAAUGAGUAGCAAAAACAUGGAAAUGCAGAAAGAUUUUACUUUAAAAUCCAAUGAAUUUGAAUUAAAAAUCAAGGAACUAUUGGAAUGUUUAGACAAACAGGCCGAUGAAAUGAAAACCCACAUAUUGGCUGAGAAAUCAUUAAAAGCCAGUUAUGACGAACUUGUCAUUGAAAAUAAUGAACUCAAGAACAAAACACGUAAUGCUGAUGAACAUCUUGCGGAAAUGAAACAUGAUAUUGAAAAGAAGCAACAAGAAAUAUCCAAACUUGCUAUUGAAAUUUCACAAUUCUCAGAGCAAAAUAAGGAGCUAGAAAAGAAAAUCAAUGAUUUGGUGGCAGAAUGUGAGAGAGAAAAGAAUGAAUGUGAAAGCAGUCAAGAUGAAAUCAAAUCGCUGCAGGAAAGACUUGAGUCCUUGCGAGAAGAAAAAGAAACUGAGAUUAGCAAAUUAGAAAAAGAACUGGAUUCACAGAAACAUAAUAGUGCAAAUGUUCAACAAGACUUAAAUAAGCUUCUAAAGGAGAAAGAAGAUAAGUUACAAGUUAUCCAACAAGAAAAUGAAGUAUUACAGCACAAAAUUGAUAUGCUUUUGCAAGAAUAUGAAAAUGAUAAAUUGGACACAGCAGAUAGACAUAAACAAGAAAUUCAGACAUUAAAAGAAGAAUUAGAAGACUUGCAAUUGGAAAAACAGCGCUUAACAACGAAAAUGGAAUCUGAGACAAUUGAACAUCAAAAGGAACACUUGGACUUCGAAAACAAAUACAAAAAACAAGUUAUCUCCUUAGAAGAACAUGUCAAGACUUUGGAAUUGGAAAAACAAAAUAUGGAAUUAAAGCUUGAAAAUAUUACCCAAAACUGUAAUGAAUUGGAAAAAAUAAUAAAAAAGCUCAAAGAUGAAAACCUUAAAGAAAAACUUGAACAAGAUACUUUGAAGGAUACAAUUGGUGAUUUGGAAAAGUCCAUUACCGACUUCAAAGAAAACAGCGAACAGCUUAAAGAACAAAUUGAGAACCUCAAAGAAGAAAAACUCAAACACCAACUAGCAUUUGAACGUCUUCAAACGGAACAUCACGAAGAAGUCAAAACUUUGGGAGAUAACUUUAAUAAGCUACAAAUGGAAAAACAAAAUGAAAUCCAAAAUUUACUAAAGCAAAUUUCUGUUAGCCAAGAGAAAUUUGAAUCUCUAGAGAAACAACUGGAAGAAGCUGAAACAUUGAAACUCAAACAUCGAGAAACCCUUAGAGAAAUGGAAACAGAACUUCAAACCGUACAGAGUUCUCUAAAGGAAAGCAAUAAUAAAUUGGUUAACUCUGAGACACGCCACAAGGAAAUGGAAAAACUAACAACAGAUUUGUCUACAAUUAUUAACAACACUCUUAAAUUGUUUAAUGUUUCGGUUAAUAGUGAAAACUGUUUGGAAAACAUUUGCAACUUGGAGCAAGAAAUAAAGAGUCUUCUUGAACAUAACACCGAACUAAAGGCCAAAAUGAAUAACCAGGAAUCUUCCCAAAUUGACACCACGCACAGGUUGCAACAAUUGGAAAAGCAACUCAAUGAAAAAAAUCAGGAACUCGAAAGGCAUGCCAAAGAGUUAGACACUCUACGUGAACAAACUGAGGAUUACGAAACGAAAUUCAUCACGUUAAGAGAUCAACAAAAUAAAUUUGUUGAGAAGAUUAAACAAGAUUUGGACAAAAAAGAAAAUGAUUUCACACAGCAAAUGCAACAGGCAAGCAACGAAUAUGAAGCUUCAUUGGAACGAAUACGUCAUGAAUUGACUUUGGAAAAGGAACAUCAUGAAACCAAAGAAAAAGAAUUGCUGUUGGUUAUUGCUCAGCAUAACGAUGUGAAAAAGCAUCUCAAUGAAAAGGAAGCUGAAAUCGAAAAGCUGAUGGCAACCUUAGAAUUGCUGCAGGAACAAAAUCAAAAACUGAAAUUAUAUGAGAGCCGUGUUAGUGAAUGUUCUACGGAAAAUAAUAAGUUGCAAGAAGAAAUUGAAAGCUUUAAGAGAGAAGUUCAUCACAAUGCUCUGCGUUUGGUGGAAGCUGAUAAAGCGCUCAAUGAAUUAUUAGACUUAACCAAGGAGCAUGAAACUAACAAGCAGGAGGUCCUUAAACUUCACAAUGAGCUACAAGAAAAACAAAACACUUUAGACUCCCAGCUUGAAGUACAGGAGGAUUUGGAACAACAGCUAAAAGAACAAAGUGAAGCAAUUUCCAAACUUUCCGAAACACUCAAGAAAAUCGAGCAGCUCAAGACAAACUUAGAUCAGCAGUUGAGUAAGGAACAGGAAGAAAAAUCUCUAUUGCUUCAGUCUUUGGAAAAAUCCACCGAUCAAUUAAAAUCUUUGCAAGCAGAACAACAACAACAAAAAUCGUCAUGGGAAGAACGAUACACGGAACUCAAGCACCAAAUGGAUGAUUUAACAUUGCAAAAUACCAAACUGCAGGGAGAUUUGCUAGAACGUGAUGCUGAGCUACGUAUGAGUUUAGAAGAUCAUGAACAGGAACGUGAUAGCUUCCAUCAGGAGUUGAUGGAAGUAAAACAAAAACUUCUACAUGCGAAUGAAAAAUUAGAACAAUUUGAUAUGUCCCUUAUGGAAAUAUUAGCCAUUAUGGAAAAUAAUUUCAACCUGAAAUGUGAUUUUGAAUUGAAGACCAUGAAAAACAUCUUCAAUGUUUCAGCUGCUGAUGAACAUGGCAAUAAAAUCAAUCAAUUACGGGAGAACCUCAAUAUUGUCCUUCAUAUGGAACAACAGCAACGUCUACAGCAUAACGAGACCUUAGAUGCUCUUAAAUUAAUUGAAAAAUCCAAUGCUAGCCUUCAAACCACAAUUGCCAAGCAGGAAAAGAGUUUGCAAGAGCUAAGAGAACAAAUUGAAAAUGAAGAAGAAAUUACAGAGAAGAGAAUGUCUCACGAAGUAAAACGUCUUGAAGAGGAUCUUCUUAAUCUGGAAAGGGUGAAUGAACGUCUAGUCAAUGGCAACUGCCAUUUGCAAGAUACUUUAGGCCAACAUGAAAGGGAUCUUGAGCAAGCAAAACUUAACGUUGAUAAAUUGGAAAAAGAGAAACACAAUCUUCAAGAAGAGGUCUAUAUAAAGGCUCAGCACAUUGAAAAGUUACUACAAGAAGAACAGAGUCUACAACAAAAUCUCAAAGACAAAUCACAACAAAUUGAGAGAAUUUUGGAAAAAUCGAAACUUCUGGAACAACAACUUGAAGAAAAAUCACAAAAAUUACAAUCUCUCAAUAGGGAACAUCAAGAUCAGAAGGAAAUGACUCUAAAACAACAACAGCUAAUCGAGGAACAACAGCAACAAUUGUCCUCGUUACAGGCAGAACAAUUGAAGCUGAAUGAUAAACUAAAACAAUUACAAAAUGCCAAUGACUCGCUGGAAAAUGAUGUAUCAAACAAAUCCAAAGAACUUCUAACUCUAACCAACAAAUCCGAAGAACUUUUACAAGCCAUGCAAAAUGUUGAACAACAAUUGCAACUAACCACCAAGAAACUGGAUGAAACUGAAGCUUUAAAAUUGAACAGCGAAAGUAACUACCAGCAAAUUCAGUCUGAAUCGCAACAGCUAAAACGUGACAUGGAUUUCCUUAAGGCCCAACAUCAAUCGGCCGUUGAAGAAAAUCAACGCCUAAAUGGUGAAAUCGAAAGUCUCAAACAGGAUAAGCAGCAUUUGCGUGAAGAAGUCCGUGACACCAAAUCGGAUCUUCAAAGAGCAAAUGAUAAUGUCACCCAACUAAUACAGCAAAUCGCUUCCAUACGCAUGGAAAAGGAAUCGGUGGUUGAAGAAAACUCUUUGCUACGUAAACAGCUGGAGGAAAGUGGUAAACAUCAUUCUACAUCGGAACAUAAACUCAAAUCGAUCAUAGAAAAGUCCCAGGAAUAUGAACGUAAGCUGCUGACAACGGAAAAUGAACUGAAAUCCGCCAAGGCCUCUCUUGAGAAAUGUGAAAUAAACAGUCAAAAACUAUCUGCAGAAAAUGUCAAGCUGAAGGAUUCUCAAAAGACUUCUACAAAGAGAAUUGAAAAAAUGGCCUUGCAACUGGGUGAAUCACAAGCCAAGAGUACAAAACUGGAAAGGGAAAAUGAAAAGUUAAGCAAAACUCUGGAGGCUCAUAGUACCACUGUUGAUGCUUUACAAAAAGAAAAGGAUGUGCUGCAAAAUGAAGCUAAGGCUCUCAAAGAACGUUUGUUGAGGGCCGAAAGGGCCCACGAACAAUUGGCAGCUAAGGUACAAAAUCUGGAAUUGCUAAACAGCCAACUUCAAGAGACCAAACAAAAAUUGGAAGCUUCAGAAAUUGAUGGAAAAUCGAAACUCAAUAAAAUGGACAAAAUGCGUAUCUCAAAUGAAGAAAAGAUUCGUAAACUUGCCAAUUCUCUUCACAAUGCUGAAAAUACGAAUGUUAAGUUGAAUUUGGAAAUAGGUUCCCUAAAUUCCCAAAUACAAGUGUUGAAGGCGCUCAAUUGUCAAGAACAGGUUCAAGAUUUGACGCAUAAACUUGAAUUGGCUCAGCAGCAGUGUCAACAGCUCGAAGAUUUGAACGAAAAGCAUCAACAAGAAAUAGAACAUCUAAAGGAAGAUAAAACAAAUCUCUCUGAUCAACUUUCCAAGCUAACACUCACCCUGCAAAUUACACGCAACGAGCUGGAAGAAAUACGUUCUGAACUUUUAGUCAUACGUGAUGAAAAGUCUCGCGUCCAAUCGGAACAUGAAACAUCCACUUUGAAACUUCGUGACUUGGUGUCACAAAAUGAUCAUCUCAUAAGUGAACGUAAAAAUCUUGUGACCACUCUGGAAUCACGUAUUGCCACAUUGGAACAACAGUUGACGACCAAAUGUAAAGAAGUUGAUGACUUGCAACAUGAAAUUCAAACCUUACGUGAAUGUUCUGAAUCAAAUUCAUCGCUAUUGCAACAACAGUCUGCCAUCGCUAAUCAUUCCGAAGUGGAACAGCUGCGUGAGAGGUUAUCCUCGGCAGACGAUGCACUGCAAAAGGAACAACAAGUUGUUGCCCAACUACGUUUGGAUAAUCAAAUCUUACAUACAAAAUAUCAAGAGUCCAAACAACGUGUUCUGGAUGCCACCAAGAGUAGCGAAGAACGCAUCAAAGAAAAUCGUUUAGAAUUGGAAGGCAAAUUGGAAAAGAUGAAAAAUAAAAUGAAAACUCUAUACACCGAAGAAAUAACCAAAAUGAAAACGAAACAGGAACGUGAAGUGGCGAACAUUAAAUCGGAAAUGGAGGUUUUGAAAGCACAGAACUUGAAAUAUGAAGAACAUACCCGCAAACUUUCCAAUCAAAUUGUCCGAUUAAAUGACAACAUACUGGAGUAUCAAAAAGAAAACACCAUUUUAUCUACGAAAUUAAAACACCUUUUGGAACACCAUGAAAGUGAAAAAUUUAAACGUCCCAAUUCUAUACAUGUCUCAACAAUAUCCUCAUCAACCGGUUCAACGGGUGCCUCAAAUACGGGCACUAAUUUAGCCAUGGAAGACGAGGAAGGUGAAGUUUUCAAUAAUACCUAUUUGACAGAUUUGAAAGCUGGUCACAUGAGCAGAGAAGUUUGCGCCGAAGAACUUAAAUAUCGCAAUUCAUUGUUACCGCCCCACCUGAGAAGCACAUAUGCGGCCCAGUACGAUAGCGAAAUCACCGAAGAUGAAUUAAAAGAUGGUCCACAUAGCUUUGAUGACAGCAUGAGUGCCUUGCUGAGCACAACAAAUGGUGGUAAUCGCAAAAAAUGCACUGGCGUUACCCAUUAUAAACGUCCCGGCCCACCAACGCCCAGUAAAAAUGGUCGUCUUUCAUUUGGUGGCUGUGUUAGUUCAGAGCCAAUGCGUGAAAUACUUAAAGAAUCAUUUGAUAGUGCUAACUCCGCAACCACCGGAACCGUAUCGUCUUCGUCGGCUAAAACUCCAGCCCGUUUUAAUUUCUUUGCAUCACGUUUCAGCAUGGGCAAUGGAAAAGAUGAGAAAAAAUGUCAUCUUAAAAAAGAAAUUAUUCAGCAAAAACCAAUUCCCAACAAACAACCUACAAUACCCAAAAAACUACCCCCACAAACCUCAAAAGCUCUACCACGACAUUUAUUGGGUGGUGUUGUGUGCACAUCAACGCCACGUAAAAGUAAAGUGCAUUACGAUCAAAGACGUUUAUUGGAUCAACUUCUUACGUCUUCGCCAUCGCCAUCACCCUCGCCUCUGGUUAUGGAUAACAUAAAAUUGAAAUUAAAGAAAAAAAAUAUAACUCCUCCCGAUGUUAGUUUUAUCGAGACACCAUUAAGUGGCCUAAUAAAACCAGCUGGCAUGCCUCCCAAAGCUCCGACAAGAAAACAAACAAAUGCUAAGCGUAUGGAAGCCAUUGCUGCUGGUCUAAAAAGCAAGCGGCGUAACUCCUCAAUUUAUGGCAGACGCUUAUCACGACGUCUACAAGAGAUUUGUACUCCCACAAGUGGUGAAACGACCUCAUCGGCUUUCUCAAAUACUCCCAAAGAUUUAAAGCAACGUCGACAGACUAUAAGUUCGGCUACCACCACAACCUCGGAUGGUGUAUCAAAUGUAACAGUGGUACUACAAAAACGUUUUCUAAAAAAGAAACAACAAAAAGAGCGAAAAGGUAGACCUUCACUCUGCCUGAAAAGUGGUAUUUUUGCCAAGCACCGCACACCCAAUAAAGGAGUUCUGCAUGAUUUGAAUAGAUAUAAAUCUCGUAGGCAAAGAUUCGAUAAUUUCAAUAGAGGUAGAGAUGUUAAAGAAAAUGAAUCUAGUGAAGAGGAGAAUGAUGUGAAACAAUUGGAACUGGUCCAAAUGAACAAGAAGAAGAAUGCCAGUAUAGUCAAAAACAUUACCUAUGAAAUAAAACAUAAGGGUCUAAUAAAACCCACGAAAUUGGGAGAAACUGUUGUCAUAGCUACACUGGAAAAUCAACCACAAAAAGAGGAGUACCAACGGGAAUUUGAAUUUAAUACUGGAGAAGACUCUUUUCUAUGUGCCUCAGAAGUAUUUGAUACACAAGAUGCUGAAGAUUUUAAUGAAUACGGGGAGGAUAGUGAUCAUAUUUGUCAAUAUGAUAGCAGCAGUGAUGAGGAAGAAGAGCAAGCUAUAAAACAUGGAAGAACGAGCAUCCCAAUUAAAAAAGAGUGUAAAAAGGAAUUGGUUACCUCGAUGGAUUUAGAGGAAUUCGAUCGUUAUAUCAAUUGUCUGGCAAAAGUUAAAAGGGAACCUGGAUCAUCCCAUUCCUCAGCAGGAAGUUCGCAGCAUUUUGAAAAACUGGUCUUGGAAACCGAAUCAAAUGCGCCGUUUGAGGUUAAGCACAUCAAAUUUAAUAUAAGUGGUGGUUCUUCCACACACCACCACGAUUAUGGCAAGCAGCAACCUCAAGAGCACUGUACAUUUGCCAGUAACUCUUCGACGCUACUCAGUACAAGUCCUGUUAAUGGCGACGAAUUUUUACCGGAUCAACAAUGUGACUUUUUGGCAACCAAAGCAUCGCCACACUUUUCACCCACAAAUAACAAUCAAGGAAACUUAUCACGAAUUAUUUAUGGCGGAACCGUAAUCUAUAAUCGCCGCUUACCCAAUAUCAACACCACCUAUGUUAGGAAAUCCUCAAUUUAUGUUAAGAACAAAAAUCAAACCAUGUUUGAUUCGAAUGCGGAUGUUAUUCUCAUAACCAAUCAAACAAUAACGGUUGCAGAUUUGGCCCGCAUGUGGAAACAAAUGGAUAGUUCAGCUCGGUUGUUGGUCAGUUUUGCAGCAUUGGCUAUAUUUACAAGCCUGUUGGGUUUAUUCUUGUCGUUCUAUUCACCAAAACAUUAAUGCUCAGCUCGUCUUGUUGUUUAUUUGAAGUUUAUUUUCAUAAAUAUUUAUAUUAUCCUCAUUAUUACUUUAUUAUUAUUUUUUGUUUGUUUUUGUUUUAUGAGGUAUUGCUUAUUAUCAUUUGGUAUAGAAGUGAUUUUUGAAGUUGUAAAGUCCUAAGGACUACCCCUGCAAAUUUUGUCAAUUCAAAGCAACCAAAAUUUAUUUAUAUACAAUUUAUUCUUGUAAUGUAUGUAUUUUUUCAUAUUAAAGUUAAAGUUAUAUAAGACCAUUAAAAAAUAAGGGAAUCAUAAUAAAAUAAGCGUUCCCUUAAAAGGUAAUGUAAUCAUUUCAUAUUAAAUUUAAAUAAAUAUAUAACACUAUUAGCUAGGGGGAAUCAUUAUAAAGGAAAUAUUUGAGUAAGAAAAUAUGCAAAAAAGAACCAUUGAUAAAUAUAUUUUUUACAACAAGAA